GCGGCAUCAACUGGCUAGACAUGGCGCCAGGGCCGCACUACGGCAUGGCCACCGUGUCGACGGAUCUGGGGCACAACUCGUCCGUCAUCGACCUGAACUGGGCGCUCAACCAGCCCGAGAAACGGACGGAUUUCGGGUGGCGCGCGCUCCACGGCACCAUCGUGCUCGGCAAGACGCUCACGCAGGCCUACUACGGCAGCAAUCAGAAGAUAGCCUACUCGUACUACAACGGGUGCUCGACGGGCGGCCGCCAGGGCCUGCGGGAGAUCCAGGAGUUCCCCGACAGCUUUGACGGGGCCCUCAUCGGCGCACCCGCGUGGUGGACCUCGCACCUCAACAACUACGUCACCAAGCUGGGCAUUUACAACCUGCCCGUGAGCGACCCCAAGCACAUCCCCACGGCACUCUUCUCCGUCAUUGGCGACGAGGUGGUGCGCCAAUGCGACUCGGCAGACGGCGUCAAAGACGGCAUCGUCACCAGCCCGGAGCUGUGCGCCUUCGACUACAGCAAGCUGCUGUGCCGGGGCGGCGGCAACUCGUCGACGUGCCUGACGAGCGCGCAGAUCGAGACGGCCAAGAAGGUGUACAGCGACGCGUACUCGUCGGUCGACGGCUCGCUUGUGUACCCGGGCCUCACGCUCAGCUCCGAGGACCAGUGGUACAUCCUGCUGGGCGGGACCGAGCCUUCGCCGUUCGGCGUCGGCUACCAGCGCGACUUUUUGCUCGACGACGCCGCGUGGGACUGGCGCAACUACAACGACAGCCUGGUCAAGCUGGCCGAGCGCACCGACCCGGGCGGUGCGCAGGCCGUCAAGUUCGACACGAGCGCGUUCAAGCGGCGCGGCGGCAAGAUGCUGCUGUACCACGGCGUGGCCGACGGGCUGGUGCCGACCAAGGGGUCCGAGUACUACUACAACAAGACGGUCGAGGCAUUUGGCGGCGACGCCGGCGCCGUGACCGACUUCCUGCGCUUCUUUCUCAUCCCGGGCAUGCAGCACUGCUGGUCGACGCCCGUCGGGGCGCCCUACAACAUUGCCGGCGCGUUCCAGCCGGGCGCCAUGGGCAGCGGCCAGUGGUCGGUGCCGGGGUUCAAGGACAAGGACCACGACGCCGUGCUGGCCCUCGUCGACUGGGUCGAGCACGGCCGGGCCGUCGACUCCAUCAUCGCGACCACGUGGAACAGCCCCCUCGACCCGUCGUCGGGCCUGCUCGCCCAGCGGCCCCUGUGUCCGUGGCCGCAAAAGGCCGUCUAUGACAAGACGGGCGAUGUCGCAGCGGCCAGCAGCUGGUCGUGUCCGCCGCUGACUGUCAAGGGCAGGAACCCCUGGUGGUGGUGGUGGCGGUGGUGGUGAUGAUUAAGGGGUUGAGUGGCUGCUCGGUUGGAGCGGAGCGC